AUGGAUAAAAAAAGUGAUCAGGAUUUGGUAAAUGUUGAUAAUGAAAAGUUGCAAACAAGGCAAGAGGAAAUACCGCCGGAAAAUUCGACUGAAAAUAAACCUGAAAAUGUUAAUUUUAAUAAAGAAACAGAGAGCUCAUUAACUUUAUCAACUGAAUUACAACAAAAUAUUCUUAAUUACAAUGGGGCCGUUGAUAAUUUACCAAAAAAAGAUUUUAAUAGCGAAUGUGACAGUGAUAAUUUACAAUGUUCUGAAACUGAAAGUGAAAAAAAUAAAAAUGAAUUAUUAUUAAAUAUUCAUGAUAAUGAAAUUACAACACUAGUUACUAAAGACAUGGAAGCAGAAAAUUCUAAUGUUCAAAUAACUGAAAAUAGUAGUAAAACUUGUGAAAAAUUAAAUUUUGAGAGUGAUACAGCAGUUCAAAAUAAAGGUGAUUCCAGUUUUGAAAAAAGUAGUGAAAUAAUAGCACAGGAAAAUUUAACUGAAAAUGAUAAAUCAAAGGAAAUUUGUGAAAAUUUAAAUAUAUGUGAAAACCAAAAUAAUGAUUCUGUCAAUCUUGAAGCUAAUAGUUUUAAAAUAUCAGGUAAUUUGGAAAACGAAAAACAGAGCCUAGAAAAUGAUGAUUUAGGAGAGCAAACCAUUGAAAUAAGAAAUGAAAAAAAUAAAUCUUUGGAUUUUAAACCAGAAGAAAAUCAAAGUAUUGAUAACUUAGAAAAUGAUAAGGGAACAUCUUGCAAAAAUUUAGAAUUAGACCUAACUGGGAUAAAUGAAAAUGAGGUAAAUUCUUUAACUAAGUCAAAUGCUUCAAGUGAAAAUUUGUGUUUACAAAGUGAUAGGCAAGAAAUUUCUACAAAUAUAGACUCAGAGGAAACAAAAGACUUAAACAACUCUACUGUUACUGUUCAAUUAUCACCUGUAGUACAUGCAGAAAAUAAUGAUUGUACAAAAAAUAGUAACAGCAGUACAAAGUUAUCAGAAGAUAUACAAGAAGAAGAAAGUAUUUUACAAAAUUUUAAUUCUAACAAUGUGGAAGGUGAAAUAAGAUGUGAAAAAGAAGAUGGAAUUAAUAAUAAAAAAGAUCAUGAAGGAAAUGAUGUUAUAGACCCUGAAAUUGUCAAUUGUAAUGAUAUUGAACUUGUAGAUUUGAAUGAAGGGGAUUUAUCAAGAGAAAAAGAUAUUAAUAGGAUUGAAAUUGAUUUAAAAGAGAGGUGUUCUGUAGAUGAAUCUACUAAUGAAGAAUUUUUAUGCGAUAUUUUAGAAAGCAGGGAAAAUGCUAAAAAUAAAAGUCAAGAAAUACAAGUUAAUUUUGAUCCAAUAGAAGAUGUAAUGGUCGAAGAAGUAUAUCAAGAAAAUUCUGAAGAUGAAAGCACAGUGGAAAAUAUAAACAAAUUGGUGAAUAAUAGUACAAAAAUUGAAAUUGAUGAAAACAUUUGCAUCAUACCUGAUAAUUUUACAUCUAAAUCAUCCUCUGAUUUUUCUCAAAAUAAAUUAUCUGCAUCUGAUGAUAAUGAAAAUGGAAGUAAAAAUAAUGUUAAAAGUCAUAUUUCAGUUCUUAAUAAUGAAGAAAUAAAAACAAAAUUUGAAAAGAAGGCAUCUGAUAGUAAUGAGAAUUCGAAACCUAGACCUACUAGAAAUGCAGCUAAAUUGGCGGGAAAUAAAAUAAAAUCUUUGGUUUUAAAUGAUUUUAAUUCUGAAGAUUGUAAUAAUAAGGUAAAAGGAGAAGAAGAGGAUCAUGCACCAGCUGAAGAAUCUCUCAAGAUGUGUGCUCAAUGUAAUGAGGUAAAAUGUUGGAAGUUUUUAAUGGUUCACGAAGGAAUAAAUCAUUAUUUAUGCUCUGAAGUAUGCUCUGAAGCUUUUUCUAGAAGUUGUCAAACUAAUCAGUGUGUUUCCGGGAGAGAGGACAAUAGUAGACAAUAUGUUAGAAAAUGUGCCCAAUGUUUAAAAAAAAUAAUGAAUGAGAAAUGUUUAUUUUGGGAAACCAUGGAUUUUUGUAAAGAAGAAUGUCUGGAAAAAUAUCAAAUUAAAUUAGGUUCCAAUUGUGCAAAUUGUAAAGAAAAUGUAAUUUCCAAUAGUUUAGGAAAAUAUUGUGUUAGAUUCGGUCAUGACAUUAAACAGUUUUGCUCUUCAUCUUGUUUGGAAGAAUAUAAAAAGGGCUUGAAAGUUUGUAGUUAUUGUCAAAAAGAUAUUUCAAAUGGAUUGGAAGGAUUUUUGGCUCCUAUCGGUGAUAAAGGCCUAUUCAAAGAUUUCUGCUCUCAAAUUUGUAUGGAGAAAUAUGAGAAAAUGAGUGGGAAUUCAUCUCAUUUGGAUGUUGCAGAACUAUGUGCAGUGUGCAGCAACAAAAAACCUGUUAAGAUAGAGGUAGAAUUAGAUGGUAAAAAUAACAAACUGUGCAGUGAACCUUGUUUUGCUGCUUUUAAAUUUGUCAAUAAUGUAAUAGAAGGUCAGUGUGAUUUGUGUAAAAAAUAUUUCGAUCAAGCAAAGCAUGAAAAAUUUAGGGUGUUUUAUAGUGAAAAUCCACUAUCGUUUUGUUCUAAAAUCUGCAUGAACGUCUACAUACUGGCCAACAGAAAAAUAGUACCAUGCAGCUGGUGCAAAGUUAAAAAGUAUGAUUUUGAUAUGAUCAGAAAGGUUGAUUCUUUAGGUUUAACACUGAUGAUGUGUUCUCUUAACUGCCUUACUUUGCAUAAAUUAGCAAUAAAUGCAUCCUGUUCAAGGCACGUCAAUUGCGAUUUAUGCAUGAAUUUCAGUCCGGCACAAUUUCAUCUGACUAUGCCUGAAGGCAUUAUUCGAAAAUUUUGUUCCUACAAUUGUGUCUUGGCAUAUCAGAGCAAAAAUUCCCAAUCAGCAGCCUCGGGAAAUUCUGAAAUUGAAGACGUUAGCUCUUUAGUCUCAAACGGAAAUCUAAAACGAAUUCUUUCGCGACCACCUCAAAUUGAAUCUCCUUUUCCCGUUAUUUCAGCCGUGCAAUCCUUGGCAUCAACAGAUUCCAAUAGUUCUACAAAGAUUUUUCCCACGUCAACAACAGAAGUUGAUUUGUCUUCUGAAACCAGUGCAAUUUCUCAGCCGACCACGAGUCAUAAUUUAAGUACAACAAAGUCUUCAUCGUCUCAAAUUUACCAACAAAUAAUUACAAAACCUGCUCCUACGAAGGAAAUGAAAAACAAAGCUAUUUUAUGCAAACCUUUUGGCCACACAAAAGGUAUUUCUUGUCGUCCUCAUCCCUGUAUGAAAGAAACACAAACAGACCAAAGUUUAAACCGAAAGUUUCUAAUACCGAUUCCCGUACCUAUAUACGUGCCAGCUCCAAUGUUUAUGUUUUCAACUCCUUUUCCUGUUCCCGUUCCAUUUCCACUACCAAUACCCGUUCCCAUAUUCAUUCCAACCACGAGGAAUUCGGCAAAAGGGAUAUUGAAAGAAAUUAAAAAAAUUCAAGAAAAAAUUCCUACCGAUCCAUUUGAAGCGGAAUUAUUAAUAAUGGCAGAAAUGGUGGCCGAAGAUAAAAAACAAGAUCCUACCGAUUCAGAAAGCGAUGAAGGAAAUGACGGAGACGAAAAUGCAGAAGGUACAUUUAGUCCUGAAAACGUGGAUACCAAUAAUACUUUCGGGGACGAUAUGUUACAAAUGGCCUUGAAAAUGGCUUCAGAACUAGAGGAGCCUCCGGUAGAUAUGGAAUCAGUUCUGACAUCGAACACUAUCACGACUAGUUCGCAACCUCCUGUCGAUGCAAAUAAAUCAUUGUACGAUCAGGUAAACGUUAUGGCCAUGAGCAGAGGUCGAAAGCGUUCUAGCCGAGGAAGUCGUAAUAGUUCUGCAGGAACACCUAGUAAAAGAGGUCGACGGACCAGUGGCUCCGUGGAUGUACCUUUAAUAUCUGCUCCUGAACCUGUCCCACCGCCACGAAUCGAAGUUGAAAAACCUGAUGCUAAUUUAUGUCUUAAGUAUACAUUCGGAGUAAACGCUUGGAGGCAUUGGGUUUUGCAAAAAAAUGCCGAAUUGGAAAAGGCGGCAUUAACAAAUAGAAAAAUAAAGCUUUUCAAACCGGAAUUAUUGCAAUUGACAGCAGACGAAUUAAAUUUUUCCCUCUGUCUUUUCGUCAAGGAAGUUAGAAAACCGAAUGGGACGGAAUAUGCUCCGGAUACCAUUUAUUACCUGUGUUUGGGAAUUCAACAGUACCUUUUCGAAAAUGGGAGAAUAGAUAAUAUUUUCACAGAUUCUUAUUAUGAAAAAUUUACAGAUUGCCUGGAUGAAGUGGCUAAAAAAUUUGCAGCUUUGUACAAUGACUCUCAGUACAUUGUCACCAGAGUGGAAGAAGAACAUUUGUGGGAGAGUAAACAAUUGGGUGCUCAUUCGCCUCACGUUCUUCUCAGCACUUUAAUGUUCUUCAAUACGAAACAUUUUAAUUUAGUGACCGUCGAAGAACACAUGCAAUUAUCAUUUUCGCAUAUAAUGAAACAUUGGAAAAGGAAUCCUAAUACGUCGGGAGUGGCUAAAGUUCCAGGAUCGCGAAACGUCCUUUUAAGAUUUUAUCCCCCUCAAUCAGCUUUGGAAGCUAAUUCCAGAAAGAAAAAAGUGUACGAGCAACAGGAAAACGAAGAAAAUCCUCUUAGAUGUCCGGUCAAGCUUUACGAAUUUUAUUUGUCAAAAUGUCCCGAGAGCGUAAAAACAAGAAACGAUGUAUUUUACCUCCUACCGGAAAGAUCAUGCGUUCCCGACAGUCCCGUAUGGUAUUCAACAAUGGCUCUCGGUAAAGAACCUCUCAUGAAGAUGUUGCAUCGUGUAAAAAUGGUCAAGGAGAUAAACAUAGCUUUGCUCAGUUGUUAA